GUUAAGACUUCUUGAAUAUUUUUAGCAAAAUGACAAUCUUUGCGAUGUUUAUAUGGACAAGCAUUUUGUGGCAUGGCAUCAUAUAUGCACUUUGCAUAUUAAAUGAUACUUUUAUUAUGUUGCCUUUUCAGACGCAUUGAUUUUUUAAAACAAAAUAGAAUAACCUUGGAGAUUGUGGCUAUUAUAUGCCAACUGAUUUUUGUGUCAAGAACGUUGUGCACUUCCUCAAAAAUGACAAUUUCAUGGUGCAGUAUAUGCUUAGCCAACAUAAUCUUAUUUAUUUUUAUGCCUUAGAGACAGCAUGAACUAGUUGGUGAGCUUAGUCUCUUAGGCUUGGUCUAAAUAAAAAUGGGAAUGAUUUCAGCAAUCUGUAUGGGAUGCAUAUAGCUAAUUUAUUGGUCCUCAACAAUAAGUCAAAUUGUAUAUUUCAAUAUCCUAAUAGCAGGAUUUUGAUUUUUGCUCACGUGUAAUUGCUUAUGCAUUUUUUAUAUUUGUUAAACUGCUGGAAAAUGUUAGGAUUUUCUGUAAAUCAUGAAAUUAUUGAUAUUGUAUCUUGUUUGAUAUAAGCCAGUUGAGGUGGUGAGAGAGUCGAUAGGUGGGCUUAAUGACGUAGACAACAUAUAUGCUUGAAUCUGCUUUAAUUUUCUAUACAGCAGAAGUUCAUGUCAAAUUUUCACCUUGAAUACUACCAUUUCUAAAUGCUUAAAUACUUUUUCAUGCUUUUUACAUUAUUACAUCUAUUAAUCUUAUAAAUUAUAUGCUUUUUUAGUUUUUCUCUACCCAACGAUUGUUAUUGGUUUGUGGCUUAGAGAAAACGUGCAGCAAUUCAAAUAUCUAUUUAGAACUCAUUAGUUGUUUGAUUAACAAUCCUAAUUUUUGAUCCAUUAAUGCAUAUGAUAUUUGCAAAUGUAAGUGAUUGAGUCAAUGUUUUCUGCCUCUGUUUCAUUGGUUAAGAUACUAAUAAUGAUGCAUUCUCUCCUUUUUAACAUAUUUUCCAGAUUUAAUGAUUUGGUAUUUUAGUUUGCUUAAUCUAUUACUAUUGGCCUAAGAAUUUAGGUAGACCUUUUUCACCUCACACUCAAGAAUAAUUACUAUGCAUUUGAUAUAAAUGAAAUAUUACAUGGCUGCUUAUACUAACUAAUGAACCUUUUUUGUGAUGGUCUUUUAUGGUCUCAUAUGAAAGCUGCGGGAGAAUUGUCAUUGUCUGCAACUGCAAGUUGUAGCAUAUAAUCCUUUACUACCAUUUAAGACGUUAAAGUGUAGAAAUUGGUAAAGGGGGAAAUGAAACGAAUAGGGAAACUGAAGCUGAUUUGAAGUACCCAUCUUUACCUUCGUGGGAAGUGCAAGUGAUGAAUGACUCUGGAGAAUUUGAAACCAUGCUUGUUCCACGCUCAAAGCAUGUUCCUUAUGUGCCAUGGACGGGAGGCCCGGCUAAAGCGGAUUUUGUUGAGGAGUGUUAUUCCCUUAUUGAGUCCAUGAAGAACUGGAUUUCGUCUAGUUCCCAAUUAUCUUUUGUCCGUCAAAAUGAACUUUCUCAUGAAAAUGGCCUCUUGCGGAACAAGGUGGAAAGUCAAGCAAGUACCAUAAAGACUCUUGAGAGAUGUCUUUGUAGUUUGGGACCUCGUGAUGUUGGAGGAUCAAGUGAUCCCGUUACUGAUUCAGUUGGUGGUAUAACUCUUUCUCGUGCUGAUGAAGGUGAUCCCAUGAACACUACAGUGCAAGCCAAAGUGGAUUUCUCUCAACACGUAAAGCGUCUUGCUCCUCAAGAUCCUUUUCACUGCCAGGUUCAUGAGAGUACAACUUUGGCCACAUUUAGAUCCAAAUCUGGACGUCUUCCUUCUGGUCAACAGAUUAGCCUUGAUGAUGAUGAUGAGGAAGACAAGGAGCAGCACACAAAACCUUUGGCACAGCGUCAUGGAAAGAGAGGUCAUCUGUGAGCACCUGCAGCAGAGCAUCUGUCUUUUUUCUUUUUAAUUGGUACAGUUCUAUUAACGUGUAGAUAACUUUUCAGAUCCAAGUAAAUGGAAAUCAAUCCUUUAGGUAAAUGACAUUAGCUCAAUGCCCUAGUUUAGAGGGGUUUCUUUUGCACCUGGAUGGAUUCAACUUAAUUUUGAGAUGUAUCUUGAUUUUUCUGUUUUGAUUCGCA